AUGUCGUUGAUCCCUCAGCCCCAGUCCGUGACUCUCAAAGACGGCGUCGUGGAGCUCGCCAGCCUCGACGACGUCGACGAGGCGCUCGACACCACCCUCCUCCACCCCGAAGGCUACACCAUUGACAUAUCCGCCACCGCUGGGGUGCAACUCCGCGGCGGCUCCCCCGCCGGCCUCUUUUACGCGCGACAGACUCUUCUGCAGCUGCUUCCACCGUCUGCGCUCCGCCACGGCGGCGGCACCACCCACGGCCACCAUCGUCGUCCGUGGGCGCUUCCCGCGCAGGUCAUCGCCGAUGCGCCGACGUCGGGCCUACGCUGGCGCGGCUGCAUGCUCGACGUGGCGCGCCACUUUAUGCCCGUGGCCGACGUGCUGCGGCUCGUCGACGCGCUCGCCCACCACAAGCUCAACACGCUGCACCUGCACCUCACCGACGACCAGGGCUGGCGCAUCGACAUGCCCGGCUGGCCGCGGCUGGCCGCCGUGGCGAGCUGGCGGCGCCGGACCAUGCAGGGCACGCAGCACCAGCCGCGGUGGGAUGCGCGUCCGCACGGCGGCUUCUACUCGACUGACGACUUGAGAGAGAUUGUGGCCUUUGCCGAGGCGCGCCACGUCACGGUCGUGCCCGAGGUCAACAUGCCGGGCCACAUGCAGGCGGCGAUUGCGGCGUACCCGGAGCUGGGCAACACGGAUGUGGAGGGACGCAGCGCGGACCAAGGCGUCUGGGACUCGUGGGGCGUGUCGCGCCGCGUGCUCAACGUCUCGGACCAGACGCUCGAUUUCUGCCGCGCGGUGCUCGACUUUGUGUGCAGCGUUUUCCCGGCCGAGACGAUUGGCAUCGGCGGCGACGAGUGCCCGUACGACGAGUGGAAGGCGAGCCCGGCGGCGCAGGCGCGCAUGCGGGCGCUGGGCAUCGAGACGGAAUCCGCGCUGCAGGGCUGGUUCACGGGCCAGAUGGCCGCGCACCUCGCGUCUCGCCACGGCCGCCGCGCGUACGCCUGGGACGAGGUCGUCGAGGGCUACACGGGGCCGCCCGGCCAGGUCCUGGUCGCGGCGUGGCGCGGGCCCGGCGCCACGGGCAAAGCGGCAAGGCGCGGCUUUGACGUCGUGGCGUGCCCGGACGUCGACGUCUACCUCGACUACCGGCAGUCGGACGACGAGGGCGAGCCCACGCCCGUCGGCACGCUGCUGCCGCUGGAGCGCGUGUAUGACUUUGCGCCCAUGCCGGCUGAUCUGGAGCCCGACGCGGCGCGGCGUGUUGUCGGCGCGCAGGUCAAUGUCUGGACGGAGCACAUGGAGAGCGCCCGGCGCGUCGAGUACAUGAUGUGGCCGCGCGCGUGCGCGUUUGCAGAGGUGGCCUGGGGCAAGAAGGGAGAGAAGGAAGGAGAGGAAGGAGGGGGGUUUGCGGGCUUUAGGAGGCGGCUGGAGGAAAAGCACUUGGCGAGGCUGGAGGCGCUGGGUGUUAAUUACAGACCGCAGACGGGCCCGCGGCCGUGGGACGGUCGUCCGGAUGCGGUGGGACAUCCGCUGUCGCAGAGGCAGCGGCCAGUGGAGGAUGUAAAGGAUUGA